AUGUCCCUACAUUCGGGUUCGCCGUCGCCGUUGCAGAUGGCCGCCAACGGCCAUAUGGAUGAAGCCACGAUGCCCAGGGGACACUGCCGCUACAUCCUACUUCACCCCGAGAUCAAGGGUCAGCGCUGCGCCUGCGCCACCUUCUCACUCAAUAAGGAUAUCCCUGGUUCCACUUGCGACUGUGGACAUCUGGCAUGCUUCCACAACCAAGAUCCCGAGGCGUCGUCCGAUCAGAGACACGAACUGGACCUCUUGAAAAGACGCCUGCAGCACCUUGAGGAGCAGCUUUCUAAGGGCCAGGAUGAUGUUCUGGCUAGCGUCGUUAACCGUCUGAAUGAAGUUGAGGACCAUCUAGAGAAGAGCAAGGAGGAGGUGGGCGAGCAGAUCAAGGGGGCUUACCGCAAUGUCAGCAUGAGUUGGCGUUCUAUCGAGCAGGCUGAGCACAAAACCCAGCAGCAGGACGAACAGCUCCGUCAAAUAUACCACAAACUCCGAGAUCAUGACGAGCAACUCAACCGGGUGCACGCUGGCCAACUAGAACUCCGAGACGCCGAUCUCAGCCUGGAAGAGCGGAUCGAGAACCUGACCGAGACAUUGGAAGCGGAAGAGGAGAUGCGGAUGUCAACAGCCCUUACCACGGAGCAACCAUCAAGUAGACGGCCCACACCAGACACAUCCUACCAAAACAUCCCUCUGGGCCCUUUAGGGGAGGGGGCCGCCCACCGACAGCCAUAUCCAUCCCCAUCGGGCGGCCCCGUCACCAGCAUUCCUCCCACCAAAACACCAGCCCCAGAACUACACGGCGCCACCGGGCGCGACGUCAAACGCUCCCCACACCACCAUCAUCACUCCCCGAGGCCAGCUCUCUCCCCGUCCUCUGCCCGGCGCACGGAGUCCUGGACGGUCCACAUCUCCCUUUUGCCCCAUGCCUAUGUGCCCAUGCCCUUCGAGCGCAACACGACUGCCUACCAGCGCUGCCUGUCCCGGGGUCUCCACCGCAUGGUAGCCGUCCAAGGCCGCGACGCGGCGUCCUUCAAGCAGGCCGUCGAGAAGGCUUUCGGUCACUUCAUCCGGGGCCGUGAGUGGAUACUGCUCCAGGCGAAACUUUGUGACACGACCGUCCUCCAAGGCCUCCCCAUACUGCGCCAGAUCGACAAUCCGGCAUACCAGCGCCACCUCGUGGGCGGUUCCCCUGGCUGUGACUACGAAUUUUUGCGCAAGAACUGCGCCAUCGUCGACCCGCGCGGCGUCAUCGACUCACUUUAUAUCGCCAUGCGCAAGCAUACUAUUAGCUGGCACACCCUGCGCCGCGCCCCCAUCUUCAUGGAAGGGUUGGAGGACUGCUGGGCGCAUGACCCACUGCUAGACAACGACCCGUUCGACGAUGCCGAUAUGGCAGUAGAUGACGAGGCCCGUCCGGCUGCAGGAGACCUCACCGCCGGACGAUCCGCUGCCGCGACAGUAACAUCUGUUGUAGGCGCGGUGGCAGGCUUAAAGCGCCCAUCAACAGAAAUGUCGCGAUCGGAUAGCUUCGGCUCCGGCGCCAACACGACCGCAUCCACAUCCCUUUCCAAAGCCUCCACCACCUCCAUCACCCCCGCUACUACCGCCACCAAAACUACCUCGAUGGUUGAGGCUGUAGAGGACGAGGCCCGGGUCAAGAGGACCUGCCAGGCCGCGCCAUCGAGUAUGUCUACGAUAGUGCCAACAGCCGCGGCAAAAUCGACGGGAACGCCCGUAGCGAAACUAUCGCCAACGUCGACGGCACCACCAUCAAUGCCGGUAUCGGUGUCGGUUUCGGCGGCACCCACAAAUCCCGGGACGAUUGUCGACAUUGGACGGCGGUAUCCUAUCAAAACCGCUUGA